AUGACUACGGUGAGGCAGAUGUCAAGAAUAGACCUGGCGGAUUUAAAUGGUCUCAAAUUUCCAAAACGGGACCCAUGGACUCUAACUGACUCCUUUGUCAAUAAGGACGGGCAUCGUACCGCCGAGUUUCCUGUCAACGUUGUUCCUCCUCAGUGUCCCGCGCUUGUGGUGAAGAGGAAGCCCGACGCUGUUUUUCUGACGUUCGAGUUUGCGGUUCCAGCGGGCGAUGACCGGAAACAUCUCCAUGACCCAGCGGUAACUCCCAUUCGAAACCGAUGA